AGGAGGAGGCGGGAGGAGGAGGAGGUGGUGGCCUAAGGGCAUAGGCACGCAAGAUGAUGUACUCGCCGGACAAGAUGAUGGGGAGCAAGGGGCUCCACGGGGCACCCAUCACCGCCCCGGGUUGCUUUCCCUCGGGGAGAUACUCGCCCCCGUCUUAUCGCGCCGCGCCGCCGGACCCGAUGCCGCCGCCGCCGAGGCGAUGCAUGCCGAACCCCACGAGUCGUAUAUUGGAAGAUGCAUCCAUUAUGUGCAAUUCUUGGUCACCGAGGCAUAAUGGCGACUUGUUCGGUGGCUUGAAUAGCGGUUUGCAAGACGGCUUGCUCUCAAGAGCGGAGGCUCUGGCAGCAGAUUUGGGGAAGCACAACGCCGGGACGCCGAUGCCACUGAAGCAUGAUCCCGUGUCUGUGUAUCAUCACGGGGCACACAUGCCCACCCCCCAUCCAAAUAACCGGCCACAUCAUCAGGUACAAUCACACCUUCUUAUGAGCCACCCGGGGAUGGAGAGCCUGGACAUGCUGGACCCGGCCAACUCGAUGACGACCCUGACGCCGAUGUCGGAGGGCACGGGCGGCGGACCCGGGCAUCACGCGGGCAUCCACGGGCCGUCCGUGUACGGUGGCAUGAACGGCAUGAUGAGCCACCACCAUCAUCACGGCAACCUGGGCGGAGGUGGCGGCAGCGUGCCGCAUCCGGCGCACCACCAUCCGGCGAUGGCGGCCGCGGCGGCUGCGGCGGCCGCGGCGGGUCUCCAUCCGGACGCGGACACAGAUCCGCGCGAGUUGGAGGCGUUCGCGGAACGUUUCAAGCAACGGCGCAUCAAGCUCGGGGUGACGCAGGCCGACGUCGGGAAGGCGCUGGCGAAUCUGAAGCUCCCGGGGGUAGGCGCCCUCUCGCAGUCCACCAUCUGCCGCUUCGAGUCGCUCACCCUCUCGCACAACAACAUGAUCGCCCUGAAGCCGAUCCUCCAGGCCUGGCUGGAAGAGGCGGAGGCGCAAGCGAAGAACAAACGCCGCGAUCCCGACGCGCCGUCGGUGCUGCCCGCUGGCGAGAAGAAACGGAAACGCACCAGCAUCGCCGCGCCGGAGAAGCGCUCCCUAGAGGCGUACUUCGCGGUGCAGCCUAGACCAUCCGGCGAGAAGAUCGCCGCGAUCGCGGAGAAGCUCGAUCUGAAGAAAAACGUCGUUCGCGUAUGGUUCUGUAAUCAGCGGCAGAAGCAAAAGCGCAUGAAGUUCGCGGCUCAACAUUGACCCGAGGGUGGCUUGUGACAGCAGAACUGACCGUACCAGCUGCCCGGUCUCGAGCCGAAACCCGAACCCCUGACCGAGUUUCAGGGAUGGCCGUGAUGAGAGAGACGGGGCUUUCGUCGGAGGCUUCCCUUAUCUGGAAAUAUGGGGAUUCCGAGUCGUAUAGUCGUCGUCGUCGUCGUCGACGUCAUCGGGGGAUGUUUGAGAUUAAAUGCGGAUGGCUCGAGAGACGCCAUACGCGGGCAGAGAGAUAUAUAUAUAUAUAGAUAUAUAUAUCGGUACAUCGUGCUGUCGCAGGCUGAGGAUGUGAAUCGCUUUGUUAUCACUGCGCGUGUGUAAUAUGCAUGUGUGACGCAUAUUUUGGAAUCACCGGUUGCAGGGAGCUAUUCUUGACCCGUCGGUUCGCGCGCUUCUCCUUUUUCUCUCCGAGGUCUCUCUUUCAACCUUCGACUGUACGAUCGUAUGGUCUCUAACCGCAGCCGCAUACAACGUAUAUAAUGCUGGUGACGUAUUUUACGAACGUUUCGCGAUAAACAAUACUAAAGUCACUAAAUAAACAAAGUACCGCAAUCCGUGAGACUCAAUGUUAACGAUUUGGCGCCAAAAUGAUAUCGAAAAGUGUACAUAGUGCACAAACUUUUGUAAUGCAUAAGUCUGUUCGUUUUGGCUACA